AGUUUCUUGCUCGAGCAUCAAUCACUCGAGCACAUUUGCAAUUUGCAACUUGUUCAGAAUAAUGUUUAGGCGUCUUAUUUCUGUCUCAUAGAGCUUAGUUAUCUAAUAAUGAUAUUGAUCUCAUGGACACAAUCGGGGACCUCUUAAUAGCAUCAUUGAACUCAUGCACACAAUUGGAAUUUGUGAUUCUUCUACAUAUUUGUUGAACAAUUUUCUCGAUAUGGUACAAUUAUUAUUAUUAUUUCCUUUCUAACAGUUGUUUUUUCACCUCUAUCAAAUGUUAAAAUAACCUCAAAGCAUCAUUGUUCCUACCAUAUGCAAUAUUUUCUUUUGUGCAAAACUUUAGCUGGCAUUCGACAUACAUGAUAACUCAAUGUAAAUUUGUUCAUCAAUUGCAGAAUGACGACUUAAAAAAACAGCAGCGGCCAUUUCUAACCCAAUUCUUUUCCCCGAUCUUUCUAAAGGCAUUUUCCAUCACUUUCUUUGGCGAAUGGGGUGACAAGAGCCAGAUUGCCACAAUUGGAUUGGCCUCUGAUGUUAACCCAUUGGGUGUUGUUUUGGGGGGCAUUGUUGGGCAAGCAUUGUGCACAACAGCAGCAGUACUGGGAGGAAAGAGCUUGGCAUCACAGAUCUCAGAAAAAAUGGUUGCACUCUCCAGUGGCAUCCUUUUCUUAAUAUUUGGCCUCCAGUCCUUCCUAUCUGAAGCAGAAAACUCAUAAAAUUCGAAAAGAGAACUCACUCUUAUUUGCGCGCAUGUUAUCUAUCCUUCUUCCUUGAUUAGCCAAAAGUGUCCAAUGCAAAACACCCUAUUUAACCACCCUCCCUCAAAAUCAAUUUCUUGACUGCUGCCCAUUUCAGAAGCAGGAUGAACAGUUUCUCAGAUAUUCCAUUUAUCCAUUGAUGCACAACAUGAUCUUCAGAAAUAUCAAAUGGUUCAUGAAAGAUCUCUUUAAAUAACCCAAGAUCAUGUAGGGAUGUUUUUAUUGCACUUCAAAGUCUUCUAUUGAGAGAACUAUUGACUCUUAGUAGACAUUGGUGGGUGGCUUAUCUUAAAAAGUAUUUUUCAUCACUAAUGAAAUAUGAAAAACAUAGAAAAUAGACAUAUUUCUGUUUAAUGUGUUUUAUAUAUUAGUUUA